GAAAACCACUGCAGAAGAAUAAAAAUCCUAGGGGACUGUUACUACUGCGUAUCAGGAUUGACCCAGCCCAAAACAGAUCAUGCCCAUUGCUGUGUUGAAAUGGGACUGGAUAUGAUUGACACCAUCACAUCUGUUGCAGAAGCCACAGAGGUUGAUCUCAACAUGAGAGUUGGAUUGCAUACAGGCAGGGUGCUUUGUGGGGUCCUGGGACUCCGAAAAUGGCAAUAUGAUGUCUGGUCAAAUGAUGUGACUUUAGCUAAUGUAAUGGAAGCUGGAGGACUGCCUGGGAAAGUUCACAUUACAAAGACCACCUUAGAGUGCCUAAAUGGGGACUACGAGGUAGAACCAGGUUAUGGUCAUGAAAGGAACAGUUUCUUGAAGAAGCAUAACAUUGAAACAUAUUUUAUUGUGCCAUCCCAUCGUAGGAAG